UAUCAAAAACCAUGGUUGUGUAUGCGUAUACACAACAAAACCUUUACUAAAUUUUUCCUUUUUUUUUGGUUUAAAACACUCUAAAUAUUCCUUUUCUCUCUUUCUUUUUCUUUCAAUUUUCCGGGAACUUCUAAGGAAUAUAUAGAUACAAUUGUAUAGAUACAACAAAACCGCCAUGGAUGAUGAUGUUGUUCAUCGGGUUUUACAAGAAGGUGGCCGUGAUUAUUAUCAACAAACCACUCCUUCUACUUCUUCUUCAUCCCCUUCUAUUCUUCAAUCUCUUCCCCUUCAUGCGUCUUUUGAUCGUGGGUAUUACUUAUUAGUAAAAUCGAUUCAAGAACUUCGAUCAAAAAAAGAGGGUAUUGUAGCUGUUGGCAUUGGUGGUCCUAGUGGUUCUGGUAAAUCAAGUCUGGCAGAAAAGGUGGCAUCAGUUAUUGGCUGCAUCGUUAUAUCAAUGGAAAACUACCGCACCGGAGCCGAUGAAGGGAAUGAUUUGAGUUCAAUAGAUUUUGAUCUUCUAGUUCAGAAUCUUCAGGAUUUGUUAAAGGGAAAAGAUAUAUUGAUACCGUUGUUUGAUUUCAAACAAAAAAGACGCAUUGGGACUCAAGAAAUUAAGAGUACCUCUUAUGGAGUGGUGAUAGUUGAUGGUACAUAUGCUCUUCAUGCAAGACUGCGCUCUCUGCUAGAUAUUCGUGUGGCAGUGGUUGGCGGUGUUCAUUUUAGUCUACUUUCUAAAGUGCAAUAUGAUAUCGGAGAUUCUUGUUCGUUAGACAAUCUAAUUGAUAGCAUCUUUCCCUUAUUUAGGAUGCAUAUUGAGCCAGACCUCCACCAUGCACAGAUCAGAAUUAAUAACAGUUUUGGUGCAUCUUUUAGAGAUUCAAUCUACAAAUUAAAAUGUAAAACUGAGUCAGAAAGUGAACAAUCAGUUCACUCCUUUUCCAAGAAGGAAGCACAUAUUGAUAAUUUCAUUGAGAUGUACUUAAGGCCUCCAUCUGCAAGGGAAGAAGCACACGUUAAUGAAUGGAUUAAGGUGCGCCAAAGUGGCAUCAGAUACUAUCUUUCACUUGGUGACCAAAGAAUCGUUGACAAACAUUUCAUUAUCCGACCAAAAGCUGAGUUUGAGGUUGGAAGAAUGACCCUUGGUGGUUUGCUGGCUUUGGGGUACAAAGUUGUUGUCAGUUAUAAACGGGCAUCCAAAUCAAUCGUUCAUGAAAAUCUUUCAAUUUCCCUCGAGACUAUAGAUACUCUUUCAGAAACAUACAUAGUUCUCAGGGGCAGAGAUAGGAAAAUGGUUGAAGCAGAGGCAUCAAGGCUGGGAAUUACUGGGCCAUGGAUCACUAGGUCUUAUCUUGAAAUGAUUCUUGACAGCCAAGGUGUUCCACGGCUCAAUACGCCACCUCCUAUGCCCAGCUUCUCUUCGGGCAUACAAAGAGAACCACCAAUUAUUGCUCCAAAGCCACUUCGUAUUCGUCCCGAGUUGGUCAACCGGGAUGAUGAUAUAUCUCAGCCAUGGACUCGAUCGCCUACCAAGUCCAAAGUGGAUCCCGUCUUAGCUCCAUGGCGGUUCAUCUCUUCCGAUGGUUCAGUUGUAGAUGGGACAUCCAUUGAUCCUUCCUCUUUCAGGGAUACACUGCAGCUUGCCCCAAUGCCUGAUUCUUUUGAUCUUGACCGCGGACUGCUUCUUGCUGUACAAGCAAUCCAGGCUUUGUUGGAGCACAAAGGACUACCAGUUAUAGUUGGCAUUGGAGGUCCAAGUGGGUCGGGAAAAACUAGUUUGGCUCAUAAAAUGGCAAAUAUCGUUGGCUGUGAAGUAAUUUCUCUUGAAAGCUAUUAUAAGCCUGAACAAUUAAAGGACUUCAAGUAUGACGAUUUCAGAUCACUUGAUCUAACUCUACUCACAAAGAAUAUUAGUGAUAUGAGAAGAGGUCGGAAAGUGAAAGUACCUGUAUUUGAUCUAGAGAGUGGUAUUCGUAGUGGCUUUAAAGAACUUGAAGUUUCUGAGGAUUGUGGAGUGGUGAUAAUUGAAGGUGUCUAUGCUUUACACCCAGAUAUCAGGAAGUCACUUGACCUCUGGGUUGCCGUAGUUGGAGGUGUUCAUUCGCACCUCAUUUCUCGAGUGCAAAGAGACAAAAGUAAAGCAGGGUGCUUUAUGUCCCAAAACGAGAUCAUGACAACCGUGUUUCCUAUGUUUCAGUUGCACAUUGAACCACACCUUGUCCAUGCGCAUUUGAAAAUACGUAACGAUUUUGAUCCAGUGUUUUCCCCCGAGAGCUCAUUAUUUGUGCUAAAAAGCAACAAGCAAGUGGCUUAUCAAGAUAUCUUGAAGUUACUUGAUCCUGCAAAGCUCUGCAGCUCGGCUCAGAAUUUUAUUGAUAUAUAUUUACGGCUUUCGGGAAUGCCACCUAAUGGGCAGCUAACUGAGAGCGACUGUAUGAGGGUGAGAAUAUGCGAGGGGAGGUUUGCGUUGCUGAUAAGGGAGCCUAUCAAAGAAGGGGAUUUCAUAAUUCAACCCAAGGUUGACUUUGACAUCAGCAGCAGUACCGUAUCUGGUCUUCUUAAUCUUGGGUAUCAAGCUGUAGCUUACAUCGAAGCAUCUGCAUAUAUCUACCAAGAUGGAAAGGUUCUUAUAGAGGUUGAUCAUCUAAAUGAUGUCCCUGGCCCCUAUGUACAAAUUAAAGGGGCAAACAAAGCGGUCGUGGUUGCUGCUGGUUCAAGACUUGAGUUGGAUGGUUCAUACACCACAAAGAGUUACCUUGAAAUAGUGCUGGAGAAAUUACCAGCAUCUGAUAGAAGUUCAAGUGGGAUGUAUGCUCAACAAGCUGCUCGGUUGCAAGAACUUGUAGACAAUAUCCAAUCUCAGGGUAGUAGUGCAUCCUCAGAGUCAUCACCAAGUAGGGAGGCUGUUUUACCCGUGGAAGGUGUGAUUGAAGAUAUGCAAUCAAGAAUCAAGAGACUUGAACGGUGGCAAGCAAUUAAUACUGUGCUAUGGACGUUUCUGAUGUCUGCUUUUGUUGGAUAUUCACUCUAUCAGAGGAAGCACCAGUAGUUACUAGUUUUCUGGUCAGGCACUUAUUCUUCAUGAACAUAUGAAGUUUAGACACAUUUCUGUUCACCUCAUAGAAUGAUAUUUAAAGUUAGCCCCUAGAAGCGUCAACUAACCACAUAGCAGCAACUUUUUUCUAACAAAAUGGUCAUAUUGAUGACUUGUAUCCUGGUUGUUGAAAGCUGUAUAUUACUUUGCAUUUGGUCAAUUCUUCUGGAAAAAAAUCUUUUUUAUUUUAUCUGUAUUUAAACAAGCAUACAAACUAAUAUUAUAUAUUAAUUUGAUACAUCUUUGCUCA